CAUGAGGUGGGAGUGGAUACUGAUAUCUGUUCAUUUUCCUUGGAGAUGACAUUGUAACCUGAUAAAAGAAAGUUUUUAUCAUUUCGCGUGGGUUUUUUUGGGUUUGUAUUUCGCAUCAUUGGUCUAUGCAAAUAGGAGCGUAAUCAAAGCCUAUAAGUGGAACUGGGCAUAUCAAUACAGGUUGAGCACAUGGAUUUGUUGUCGAAUCAUUAUUGUAUUUUACAGUCAAGUCCUUAUGCCCUGAUGAAAAAAAAAAUCUGUCUUCUCUACUGCUCUACUUUGCUCUCUUCCUAGCAGCUUUGAGGAGAAGCCGUUCUUUCUGUUAAACCACCAUCUAUGCUUAGUAUGGACUUCAAGGGCUUUGGAGGAAGUCGAAGAGCAAUGGUAUGUGGAAUAUCCAAAUGAAGGUCCUUGGUAUGAAGUAUUGGUCAUCCCUUUACGGUUUGAGCUUCUUUGUUCCAUAAUGAUACCCAUAUCUAUAAAGGUAUCUUUGGAUCUUGUGAAAAGCUUGUAUGCAAAGUUCAUUGAUUGGGACAAUGAAAUGAUUGACCUGGAGACUAGCACCCGAUCCCAUGCAACAAACACAGCAAUUAGUGAGGAUUUGGGGCAAGUUGAGUAUAUUUUGACUGACAAAACUGGAACGCUUACUGAAAAUAAAAUGAUCUUUAAAAGAUGUUGUAUCAGUGGGAUUUUCUACGGGAAUGAGAGCGGGGAUGCCCUGAAAGAUGUGGAGCUUCUUAAUGCUGUUGCCAGUGGUUCUUCGGAUGUCAUCCGAUUUCUGACAGUUAUGGCAGUGUGUAAUACAGUGAUUCCUAUACAAAGCAAAAGUGGUGAAAUCUUGUAUAAGGCACAAUCUCAGGAUGAGGAAGCUCUUGUUCGUGCUGCUGCUCACUUGCAUAUGAUUUUUGUCAAUAAGAAUGCAAACAGUCUGGAAAUUAAUUUCAAUGCUUCAAUAAUUCAGUAUGAAGUAUUGGAUACUCUAGAGUUCACUUCUGAUCGGAAAAGAAUGUCAAUAGUGAUUAAAGAUUGCCGAGGUGGAAAAACAUUCCUUCUGUCCAAGGGAGCAGAUGAAGCAAUUCUUCCUCAUGCAUUACCUGGACAACAAACAAGGACUUUUGCUGAAGCUGUGGAGCAAUAUGCGCAAUUAGGCCUCCGGACUCUAUGCUUGGCUUGGCGUGAGCUAGAGGAAGAUGAAUAUCGAGAAUGGUCUUUGAUGUUUAAAGAGGCUAACAGCACAUUGGUCGAUAGAGAGUGGAGAGUCGCAGAGGUCUGCCAAAGACUAGAGCAUAACUUGGAAUUACUUGGGGUUGCUGCAAUAGAGGAUCGUCUACAGGAUGGUGUACCAGAAACAAUUGAGACUCUUAGAAAGGCAGGAAUUAACUUUUGGAUGCUAACUGGAGAUAAGCAGAAUACUGCAAUACAAAUUGCUCUUUCAUGCAAUUUUGUUUCACCAGAACCUAAAGGCCAGCUUCUGUUAAUAAAUGGUAAAACUGAAGAUGAAGUAUGUACAAGUCUAGAGAGAGUUUUACUUACUAUGAGAACUACAAAUUCAGAACCCAAGGAUGUGGCUUUCGUUGUGGAUGGCUGGGCUCUUGAAAUUGCACUUAAACAUUACCGGAAAGCAUUCACAGAAUUAGCAAUAUUGUCAAGGACAGCUAUCUGCUGUCGUGUUACACCAUCCCAAAAAGCUCAGCUUGUAGAGCUCCUAAAAUCAUGUGACUACAGAACUUUGGCAAUUGGGGAUGGUGGGAAUGACGUGAGGAUGAUCCAACAAGCUGACAUUGGGGUUGGCAUAAGUGGGAGAGAAGGACUGCAGGCAGCCAGGGCAGCUGAUUAUAGUAUUGGAAAGUUCAGAUUUUUGAAAAGAUUGAUACUUGUCCAUGGGCGGUAUUCAUACAAUCGAACAGCAUUUCUGUCCCAGUACUCCUUCUAUAAAUCCCUUCUGAUUUGUUUUAUCCAGAUCUUUUUCUCUUUUAUUUCAGGUGUCUCUGGAACCAGCCUUUUCAACUCUGUCAGCUUGAUGGCUUAUAACGUUUUCUACACUAGUAUCCCUGUAUUAGUCAGUGUCCUUGACAAAGAUCUCAGUGAAAGAACUGUGAUGCAGCACCCACAAAUAUUAUUUUACUGCCAAGCAGGAAGGCUUCUGAAUCCUAGCACAUUUGCCGGAUGGUUUGGGCGGUCCCUUUUUCAUGCGAUUGUCGUAUUUGCAAUCACCAUACAUGCAUAUGCUUACGAUAAAAGUGAGAUGGAGGAGUUAUCAAUGGUUGCACUCUCUGGCUGUAUUUGGUUGCAAGCUUUCGUUGUCUCGAUAGAGACCAAUUCCUUCACAAUACCGCAACUUCUUGCAAUAUGGGGAAAUCUGGCUGCAUUUUAUGUCAUCAACUGGAUAGUCAGUGCCCUGCCAUCAUCAGGAAUGUACACAAUCAUGUUCCGCCUUUGUAGACAGCCAACUUACUGGGUUACUAUGUUUCUCAUUGUUGCAGCAGGGAUGGGUCCGGUGCUAGCUCUUAAGUACUUCAGAUAUACAUACAGAUCAAGUAAAAUCAACAUCCUUCAGCAGGCUGAACGUUUGGGAGGUCCCAUAUUGUCGUUAGGAAAUAUAGAGCCACAACCUAGAUCCUAUGAUAAAGAUGUCUGUCCAUUAUCAAUUUCUCAACCCAAGAACAGAAAUCCAGUGUUUGAACCUCUACUAUCAGAUUCUCCAAAUGCCACGAGACGGUCUUUUGGACCAGGGACACCAUUUGACUUCUUUCAGUCCCAAUCGAGAUUGUCUUCAAGCUAUUCAAGAAACUGCAAGGACAACUGA